CGCUCCACUAUUUAAGCGCCACGGAUUCAGAGAGAAGAGAGAGAAAGAGUGUGACUGAGAAAGAGAGAGAAAAAGAAAGGAAAUUAUUAAAAGCAAAAAAAAAAAUUCAGAGGAUUCUAGUGAUGGCGGAGGAAGUGAAGGCGGAGUCGUUGAUGGAGAAGAUCGAGGACAAGAUUCUCGGCCACCAUGAUUCGCCGGCGCCGGAAGUCGUGCACCACGAUUCGCCGAGGUCGAUGCAGGACAAGGUUUUCAGGAUCUUCGGUAGGGAGAGGCCUGUGCACCAUGUCUUUGGCGGUGGAAAGUUGGCUGAUAUUUUCUUGUGGAGGGAUAAGAAGCUGUCGGGAGGUAUUCUUGGUGGAGCAACGGUGAUGUGGCUUCUGUUUGAACUGCUUGAAUACCACCUGCUCACUUUGGUCGCGCACGUCUUGAUUGCUGCGAUCACAUUAUUCUUCUUGUGGUCCAAUGGUUUAGGGUUCAUUAACAAGUCUCCACCCAAGAUUCCAGAGAUUCAAAUUCCUGAGAAGACGCUUCUACAGAUUGUCUCAUCAAUUACAUUUGAGAUUAACCGGGCUCUUGUUGUCAUCAGGGAUAUAGCUUCAGGGAAGGAUCUGAAGCAGUUCCUCUCUGUGAUUGCUGGUCUAUGGGUUGUGUCUAUCUUGGGGAAGUCAUGUAACUUCUUGACCCUGUUAUACAUAGCAAUCGUAUUGCUUUUCUCAGUGCCUGUGUUCUAUGAGAAAUAUGAUCACAAGAUUGACCCACUUGCAGAGAAGGCUAUGUUUGAAAUCAAGAAGCAGUAUGCUGUAUUUGAUGCAAAGGUGCUGAGUAAGAUUCCUAGGGGUGCAUUAAAGGCCAAGAAGAUUUAGAGUGGUUCAGAGCAGCUGGUUCUAUUUGCCGACAUAGAUUUGGUAGAUGUGUUUGCCAGGGUUUGUGAAUUUUAUCCAUGAUCGGUUAGAUACUUCGUUCCUUUUAUCUCCUUUCCAUCUCUUGUUAGAAUAUGUCGACUUCUCAAACUUGUUUUCAUACACAUGAUAUUUGGGUACCAUGUUCAUGGAUGCUUUUCUAUGAGUGAUCUGGUAACCAUAUUUGUGGUAUUCAUGUUAGUACAUUAAUGAGUAUUCUGUACAUUGGGUUCAGCUUCUCAAAUUUAUGUGAUUUCGUCUCUGGUACUUGUGUUUU